AUGUUGUCUACGCAGCGACGACGUGAUGUUAGUGCCGCAGCUCCUGCUGCAACUACUGGCGGUUUACGCGGUGUUAUUGCUGGUGGUAUUACGGGUGCUAUCGAAAUUUGUAUCACAUUUCCAACGGAAUUCGUCAAGACCCAAUUGCAAUUAGAUGAAGGAUCGAGUCGACGUGGUGAAGCACGGAAAUUCAAUGGAGUGAUAGAUUGUGUGAAGAAAACCGUGCACUCACGUGGUUUCUUUGGUCUCUAUCGCGGUCUGAGUGUACUCUUGUAUGGGUCCAUUCCAAAAAGUGCUGUUAGAUUCGGCGCUUUCGAAGAGUUGAAAAAAUACGCCGUAGACGAACGUGGUCAAUUGAAUACGAAAACUCGACUUUUAUGUGGUUUAGGCGCUGGCCUUGCCGAAGCAGUAUUUGCCGUGACACCUAUGGAAACAGUUAAAGUUAAAUUCAUUCAUGAUCAAGGAUUAGCAAAACCUAAUUAUCGUGGUUUUUUUCAUGGUGUUCGUGAGAUUAUUCGAUCAGAAGGUAUUCGUGGUACUUAUCAAGGUUUAACCGCGACAAUGCUCAAACAAGGAUCGAAUCAAGCUAUUCGAUUUUUUGUCAUGGAAACAUUAAAAGAGAAAUAUAGGCAAUACACAAUGAAAGGACCAAAUGCACCUGUGCCAGUACUGAUCACCGGUGUGUUUGGUCUUAUGGCUGGCGCAGCGAGUGUUUUUGGCAAUACACCAUUGGAUGUUGUUAAAACACGUAUGCAAAGUCUUGAGGCAUCGAAAUAUAAGAACACAUUCGAUUGUGCUGUGCAAAUUAUGCGCAACGAGGGACCAUUAGCUUUCUAUAAGGGUACUGUGCCGCGACUUGGCCGUGUUUGUGCUGAUGUCGCGAUCACAUUUAUGAUCUACGACAAAUUCAUCGAAGCGUUUAAUCGUGUCUGGCCCAACAAAUAA